AUGCCUGUCACCAGCAAUCAAGUUCGACGCUUUUACGCUAUUCAGAAGAUGAAGGAGAUUUCAAUACCUUUACCACCUUCUCUCGCUACCUUGUCAUUUGAAGAGCGAUACCAAAUCUUCAAAGCUGAUUUACCCAAAUUCAACUUUCCGAUGAGCUAUCCGCAUUGGAUUCAAUCUGAGAAGCGAAGGCAUUACAAUCCAACGGCUUACGAUUCAUGGUUAGAUUUGUGUACUUUAACACAAGAGUUUGAGUCUGUUCCAUCCAUCACCGUUCCCGAAGAAAUCUCUUCACGAAAAAGACCAGCAUCUCCCGAGACACUACACAAAACACCCGAACUCGCGCACAUGGAACCAUCCACCUCCAGGAGAAGACCAGCAUCUCCCAAGUGCCCAAGCUCACUCACUUUAUUGAUGACAUUUUGGCUACACCAUUCAUGUCUCAACUUCCCGAAGUUGACUUGGACUUUGAUCCAAUUACACCGGUCCAACUAGAAAACAUGCUAACAGCAACAGCAACUGCUGAAGACAUACCUGCUGAACAAACCGGUUUAGAUACCGAUACCUUAUUCGAAACGGUAAAGUCAGAAUUUAAUACUGAUAGUAAACUAUGGACCUUCAUUUACCGAGGCCCUUCACCUGUUUUUAUUAAAGGGACUCAUGUCAACGCACUCA